CCUUCCGAGUGAUUUAAGUUUCCUGAAAUGGAGCGAUCGAAGAGGAAGUUUGCCGGCCAUCGUCGCUUAGAACAGAAGCUGCCCCUCCACCAGAGGCUACUGGGCGGCGUUCAGAGGAGUUUCGGAACGACGGUGGCCCUUCAGGCUAAGGUGCCCAAGGAUGAGGGUAGUUACCUGACGAACCUGGAGGCCUUUAUUAAUGUCCUGAAUUGUGCUUUUGGCACAGGAUGCUUGGCAAUGCCGCGAGCCUUUUUGGAUGCAGGCUGGCUUACGGGACUCAUAAUGACGAUUGUCCUGGGCUUCUUCAUGGUAUAUACCAUGCAUGUUGUGCUAAAUGACAUCAAUUCGAUGCAAAAACGCUUUGGAGUGCCCCUGCUUAGUUAUGGCAAGAGCAUGGAAGUGGCUGUGAGCAUGGGUCCUAGAAGAUUUCAGUUCCUGGCCAAGCCCAUGCAUUAUUAUGUGGACAUACUGGUCUCUUUGUAUCACUUUGGUGUGGACAGUAUCUAUGUAGUUUUCAUAGCCAAGAUCUUGAAGGAUUUGGGUGACAUAUACUUCUGGCCAUUGGAUGAGAGGCUUUAUAUGGCCUUGCUCCUGCCGCCCUUGAUCUUGACCUUCUUCAUACGACAACUGAAGCUUUUAAAACCAUUUUCCUUAAUUUCCAACUUGAUGAUAACUAUUGCCUUUCUCAUCACCCUGAGCUACCUGUUGCAGGACCUGCCCGAGUUCAGUGAACUUCGUCCCUUUCAGCCACUAAAAAGUCUGCCUUUAGUCUUUGGAACACUUCUCUUUUCCAUUGAAUCAAUUGGAGUGAUAUUGACCAUUCUUCGCAGAAUGCAAACACCGGCGGACUUCCUGGGAACCUGCGGAGUCCUUAAUCGUGGCAUGGCCGUGGUAAUACUCUUUUAUGCAGGAUUUGGAGUCCUUGGCUAUUGGCGUUACGGCCAGCAUACGGCAAGCUCAGUUCUGCACAAUCUGCCCAUGGACGAAAUCCUCACCCAGCUAGUAGCUGGAUUCUUUGCUUUAGGAGUCUUCUUCAGCUACGCUUUGAGUGGCUACGUUACCGUGGACAUCAUCUGGCAUGGAUAUAUGGAACAGAAAAUGGAGGCUGGCCACUCAUCCAAGAUGGUGAAGUGCCUGGUCCAGAUAGCCUUGGUGAUUGCCUCGGUUCUGGUGGCCAUCCUGUUUCCAGAUUUCUGGCUACUGCUAUCCAUUGUGGGCUCCUUUUGCAUGGCCCAGCUGGGUCUUAUCUUUCCGGGCAUCUUGGAUCUUUGUGUUCAGUAUGAGGAAGGCUACGGACCCGGCAGGAUCCUACUCUGGCGAUCGAUGAUCUUUAUUGCAGGUGGUCUGGCCGGCGGUGUGGCCGGCACAUUGCAUUGCAGUGGCUUCGAUGAGCAACCUUAG